CAGAGCCUGGCGGAGGAAAAGGGACUGCGCUGUCAGAACCCCAACUGCAUGGACAAGGGGCGGGCAGCCAAGGUAUGCCACCACGCUGACUGCCAGCAGCUGCACCGCCGGGGGCCCCUCAACCUCUGCGAGGCCUGUGACAGCAAGUUCCACAGCGCCAUGCAUUAUGAUGGGCACGUCCGCUUCGACCUGCCUCCCCAAGGCUCUGUUCUGGCCAGAAACGUGUCUACCCGGUCAUGCCCCCCACGCACCAGCCCUGCAGCGGACUUGGAGGAGGAAGAGGAAAGCUCUCUGGAUGGCAAAGGGGACCGGAAGAGCACAGGCCUGAAACUCUCCAAGAAGGCAAGGAGGAGACACACAGAUGACCCCAGCAAGGAGUGCUUCACCCUGAAGUUUGACCUGAAUGUAGACAUUGAGACAGAGAUCGUACCAGCCAUGAAGAAGAAGUCGCUGGGGGAGGUGCUGCUGCCGGUAUUUGAAAGGAAGGGCAUCACGCUGGGCAAGGUGGAUAUCUACCUGGACCAAUCCAACACGCCCCUGUCCCUCACCUUUGAGGCCUACAGGUUCGGGGGACACUACCUGCGGGUCAAAGCCCCAGCCAAACCGGGGGACGAGGGGAAGGUGGAACAGGGAGUAAAGGACUCCAAAUCCCUGAGUCUGCCAAUCCUGCGGCCAGCCAGGGCCGGGCCCCCCUCCUUGGAGCGCGUGGAACCCCAGAGCCGCCGGGAGAGCCUGGAUAUCCUGGCCCCUGGCCGCCGCCGAAAGAACAUGUCGGAGUUCCUGGGGGAGACGAGCAUCCCUGGGCAGGAGGCCCCCACGCCUUCCAGCUGCUCUCUGCCCAGUGGUAGCAGUGGUGGCAGCGACAGCUGGAAGAACCGGGCGGCCAGUCGCUUCAGUGGCUUCUUCAGCUCAGGCCCCAGCACCAGCGCUUUGGGCCGGGAGGUAGACAGGAUGGAGCAGCUGGAGGGCAAGCUGCACGCCUACAGCCUCUUCGGGCUGCCGCGGCUGCCCCGCAGGCUGCGCUUCGACCACGACUCGUGGGAGGAGGAGGGGGACGAGGAGGAGGAGGAGGAGGAGGAGGAGGACGCCUGUCUGCGGCUGGAAGACAGCUGGCGGGAGCUCAUUGAUGGGCCUGAGAAGCUGUCCCGGAGGCAGUGCCACCAGCAGGAGGCGGUGUGGGAGCUCCUGCACACAGAAGCCUCCUACAUUAAGAAACUGAGGGUGAUCACCAACCUGUUCCUCUGCUGCCUCCUGAACCUGCAAGAAUCGGGGCUGCUGUGUGAGGUGGAGGCCGAGCGCUUGUUCAGCAACAUCCCCGAGAUUGUGCGGCUGCACCGCGGACUGUGGGGCAGCGUGAUGGUGCCGGUGCUGGAGAAGGCGCGGCGCACGCGGGCGCUGCUGCAGCCCGGGGACUUCCUCAGAGGCUUCAAGAUGUUCGGCUCCCUCUUCAAGCCCUACAUCCGAUACUGCAUGGAGGAGGAGGGCUGCAUGGAGUACAUGCGUGGCCUGCUGCGCGACAACGACCUCUUCCGGGCAUACGUCACGUGGGCCGAGAAGCAUCAGCAGUGCCAGCGGCUGAAGCUGAGCGACAAUUUUGUGUAACUAGCUGUCACCAAGUACCCGCUGCUGCUCAAGUCAGUGUUGAGGAAGACCGACGAGCCGCGCGCCAAGGAGGCCGUCGUCACCAUGAUCGACUCGGUGGAGCGCUUCAUCCACCACGUGAACGCGUGCAUGCGGCAGCGGCAAGAGCGGCAGCGGCUGGCGGCCGUGGUGAGCCGCAUCGACGCCUACGAGGUGGUGGAGGGCAGCAACGACGAGGUGGACAAGCUCCUGAAGGAAUUUCUGCAUCUGGACCUGACAGCACCCAUCCCUGGCGCCUCCCCCGAGGAGACACGACAGCUGCUGCUGGAGGGGAGCCUGAGGAUGAAGGAGGGGAAGGACAGCAAGAUGGACGUGUACUGCUUCCUCUUCACGGACCUACUCUUGGUGACCAAGGCGGUGAAGAAGGCCGAGAGGACCAAGGUCAUCCGGCCGCCACUGCUGGUGGACAAGAUUGUGUGCCGGGAGCUUCGAGACCCCGGCUCCUUUCUCCUCAUCUACCUGAACGAGUUCCACAGCGCUGUGGGGGCCUACACGUUCCAGGCCAGCGGCCAGGCUCUGUGCCGUGGCUGGGUGGACGCCAUUUACAACGCCCAGAACCAACUGCAGCAGCUGCGCACCCAGGAGCAGCCAGGCAGCCAGCCGCACCUGCAGAGCCUGGAAGAGGAGGAGGACGAAGAGGACGAGGACGAGGACGAGGAGGAAGCGGGGGAGAGUAGCGCUUCUGCCGCCAGCUCCCCCACCAUCCUGCGCAGGAGCAGCAACAGUCUCAACUCCCAGCACUGUGCCUCAGAUGGCUCCACGGAGACCCUGGCCAUGGUUGUGGUGGAGCCUGGGGAGCCGCUGUCCUCUCCCGAGUUCGAGGGUGGCCCCUUCAGCUCCCAGUCGGACGAGACCUCUCUCAGCACCACUGCCUCAUCUGUCACGCCCACCAGCGAGCUGCUGCCCCUGGGGCCCGUGGACGGCCGCUCCUGCUCCAUGGACUCUGCCUACGGCACCCUCUCCCCCACCUCCCUGCAAGACUUUGUGGCCCCAGCCCCUGUGGUGGAGCCAGCGCCCCGGCCCCCAGAGUUACCACAGGCCCCUUCACCCCCACCCUCACCCCGUCUCCGCCGCCGCACCCCUGUCCAGCUGCUGCCCCGCCCGCCCCACCUGCUCAAGUCCAAAUCUGAGGCUAGCCUCCUCCAGCUGCUAUCAGGGGCCACUGCCCAUGGAGCGCCCCCGGCCCCCAGCCGCAGUCUGUCAGAACUCUGCUUGGCCGUUACGGUCUCUGGCACAAGGACUCAGGGCUCCCCUCAGGAAGCCGGGCCCAGCUGGGUUCACCGGGGGGCACCUAGCCCUGGCAGUGGCCCCAAGCUAUCAGAGCUGGAGGGCAGAACCAGCUGCCCAGCUGGGGCGCCCGAAAGACCCACCAGGAGGAGCAGAGAGCUGUCCUUGGGGGCCUCACCCAGGGUGCAGCCCGAGCCCCACCCAGGGAUCUCUGCCCAGCACCGGAAGCUGACGCUGGCCCAACUGUACCGAAUCAGGACCACCCUGCUGCUUAACUCCACGCUCACUGCCUCGUGA